AUGGCAGCUACUGGAACGGGCGAGGUAGGGCCUAUCGAAGUCUCGCUCGCCGUGAACAUGAUCAUAGCUGGUCUAUUUGCAAUCGCCAUCUACAACUGCGUCGAGAUCCUCAUCUCCCUACUGUCGCGCUUCAAGCGUCAUGACGGCCUUUAUUUCUGGAGUAUGAUGGUAGCGACCCUGGGAAUAAUACUGCACUCAAUUGUUGUCCUCCUACGAUACUACAGCUUGGGACCAAACUUCUUACUAUGCGUGUUGACAUGCGUGGGAUGGUAUGGCAUGGUCACGGGUCAAUCCGUCGUUCUUUACUCACGGCUUCAUCUGAUCGUGGAAGACAAGUCCAAAACACGAUGGGUCUUAUACAUGAUCAUAAUUAAUUUCUUCAUCCUCCAUGUCCCCACGACGAUACUCUUCCUCGGCGCCAACACCCGUCAUUCGAGUCGCUUCAUCGGCCCAUUCAACGUUUACGAGCGCAUCCAGCUAGCAGGCUUCUGCAUCCAAGAAGCAAUAAUCUCAGGCCUCUACAUCUGGGAAACAGCACGAGGCUUAAAACCCAUCUUCGCCGUGCGCAAAGCCAUGGAGCGCAAGAUCAUCCGAUAUUUAGUCAUCGCCAACAUUCUCGUCAUUCUUCUCGACAUAAGCCUCAUUGUAACGCAGUACAUGAGCCAUUUCAACAUCCAGACAACGUACAAGCCCGUCGUGUACAGCAUCAAGCUUAAGAUGGAGUUCGUGGUGCUGAACAAGCUGCUUCUGCUGGUACAACACAGCGACUGCAAUUGCAUGCACAUCGUCGGCGAGCCAGAAAAUACAGCGCCGGAUCCUGAACGAUUAGAGUGUCAGUCAAUUGAGAGAGGACCAUCUACGAGAACGGGCAGCGACGUGCCCAUGCAACCAAACGGCGUACGGCACUUUGGCAGCGACGCUUCAGCGCCAUUGGAGAAUAAAAAAAAGGCGAGACCUCUACAAUUUCUCGACCUGACUCCAUAUUGUACGUUUUCUCGCGCCAAUUCAUGA